UUUUUUUUUUACGUGUGGCCCCACAGCCCUCGGGCUCGGCCCCCUCCAGCCACCGCGCUCGCUCCCAGGGUAGAGGGGCUGAGCUGGGGGUGUCCUGUCCCCUCCAAAGGGCUCUGCUGCUGCCCAUCUCCACAUCUCCCCUCUCUGGGACCAGGGGAAGAUCCCAAAGGAGGCAGGAUCAGCCCCGUGGGUAUCACCUCAUGCCUGGAUGUUCGUCCUCCUGACCAGCCCUCGGCCGCCCACCCCACACGCAGUCGAUGCCUCCAGGAGAGCCCUCUGAGCCCCAGCCUGCAGCAUGUCCCAGCUCUCCUCCACCCUGAAGCGCUACGUGGACUCCUCCCGCUACACCGAGACCACCUACAGCAAAGUGCCCGGCGGUUACAGCUCCUACAGCUCCUAUGGAUCCACCCUGUCCUAUGCAGACAGCGACAAAAUCGGCUUCAAAGCCAGCUACCUGGGCUCCCCCCGCUACCACCACGCGGGGCUGUCCCCGACCAGCGGCUAUGACAGGCUGCCCCUGUACCCCGACCCCAGCAUCCGCCUGAGCCCCUCCUACAUCCGCGCCCAGCCCCGGCCGCCCGGCGGGGGGCUGAGCGGGGGGGGCUGCUACUCCUUCACAGGGACCCCCACCAGCCCCACGGGCUACCUGCCCGCCGCAGCGCCCCUGAGCCGCCACAAAUCCAUCAGCCACUCGGACCUGGCGCGGGAGUUCUCGGGGCUGCACACCUCGGACAGCGCCUACGCGCCCGCCCGCGCCCGGCAGGAGCCCGGCACCCUGCAGGGGCUCUACGAGGCUGCCACCCACUCCGACUACGUCCGUGGGUACCUGGAGAGCUACGGCAGGAAAAGCAACCACGGCAGCCUCUCCGCCGGCCACCUCGGCCCCUCUCAGGCCAGCCUGGGCUCGGCCCUGCCGCCCUCGGGCACCCGCUGUGCCAGCCAGCCCUGCGAGAGGAGCGACGACCCCUGCGACGUGCCCGCCCAGGACCCCACGAGCUCCAAGGCGGUGCAGGGGCUGACUGGGCUGCGGAACCUCGGCAAUACGUGCUUCAUGAACUCCAUCCUGCAGUGCCUGAGCAACACCAAGGAGCUGCGGGAUUACUGCCUGCAGAACCAGUACCUGCGGGACCUCAACAACAACAGCCGCAUGCGCACGGCGCUCAUGUCAGAGUUUGCAAAGCUGAUCCAGCUGCUCUGGACCUCGUCCCCCAACGAAAGCGUGAGCCCCUCCGAGUUCAAGACGCAGAUCCAGAGAUACGCCCCCCGCUUCGUCGGCUACAACCAGCAGGAUGCCCAGGAAUUCCUGCGGUUCCUCCUGGAUGGGUUGCACAGCGAGGUGAACCGUGUGCUGGUGCGGCCCCGGGCCAGCACGGACACCCUGGACCACCUCCCUGACGACGAGAAGAGCCGGCAGAUGUGGAGGAGGUACCAGGAGAGGGAGGACAGCCGCAUCAGCGACCUCUUCGUUGGGCAGCUGAAGAGUUCGCUGACCUGCAGCGAGUGUGGCUACUGCUCCACCGCCUUCGACCCCUUCUGGGACCUGUCCCUGCCCAUCCCCAAGAAAGGCUACGGGGAGGUGACGCUCAUGGACUGUCUCCGGCUCUUCACCAAAGAGGACGUGCUGGAUGGGGACGAGAAACCGACCUGUUGUCGCUGCAAAGCCAGGACGAGGUGCACGAAGAAAUUCAGCAUCCAGAAGUUCCCCAAGAUCCUGGUGCUUCACCUGAAGCGCUUCUCCGAGGCCAGGAUACGAAGCAGCAAACUCACCACCUUCGUCAACUUCCAGCUGAAGGACCUGGACCUCCGGGAGUUCGCCUCGCAGAGCUGCAAUCACGCCGUUUACAACCUCUACGCCGUCUCCAACCACUCGGGCACCACCAUGGGGGGACACUACACAGCCUACUGCAAGAGCCCCGUGUCCAGCGAGUGGCACACCUUCAACGACUCCCGCGUCACCCCGAUGUCGUCCAGCCACGUCCGCAGCAGCGACGCCUACCUGCUCUUCUACGAGCUGGCCAGCCCGUCCUCCCGCAUGUAGCCAGCCCUGCUGCCUCCCUGGGGACCCCUGUGCCACCCCUCAGAGCCAGGUCCCGGCCGUGUGGCCCCCCAGCUGCAAGAGGGAGGUGAAGAGGAGAGCCCCCCGAGGUGGCUGCAGAGGGAGCAGCCAGGAGCAG